AUGGUGAAUUAUCCUGAAGAUAUUGUAUAUUCUUCUAAAUAUGAGGAUGGUGUUUAUGAGUACAGGCAUGUAACAUUACCAAGAGCUAUAUCAAAAAGAGCUCAAUCUGUAAUGCUUACUAAACCAAAUGGUCUCUUAAGAGAGCAAGAAUGGAGGAUGUUAGGAAUACAACAAUCAAGAGGAUGGCAACAUUAUUUAGUUCACAAACCUGAGCCUCAUAUUCUAUUAUUUCGACGACCCCUAGGUACUAAUCCACAAACAGGUCAAGUUGAUCCUACAUGGGUAAAUCCCAAUAAAAAAGAAGUAGAAAAGCAAUAA